UAGACUACUCAAAACAACAAAAAUUGGAAUAAGAGUAAAUAAGACCAUAACUACUCCCAAACAUAUUUCUUUUUAAAAAAUGAGGAGAUUAUGAUGCUGCAAACAUACAAAUAUGAAAUAUAUACAGAAAGUCUAAAGAUAGAGAAAAAUAAGGGAAGAAAAAGCUUGUAAAUUGAACGCAAAAAAAAAUCAUUGAUUCAACGUAAAAAAUGGGUGAUACUGGUUUGUUAUUACUCUCGGAUUUCGUGCUCUCAUUUAUGUGGGUAUGUUCAGGUGUUUUUGUCAAAAUCUUUGUCUUCAAAUUUCUCGGAUUUCAUCACGAUUUUAUCGGAGAAAUUGUUAAGUUGUGUUUUUCUCUCCUAAAUCUUUUCUUCUUCGCAUUUUUGGGUAAAAUUGCUAAAGGUGGUGCGUAUAAUCCUCUCACUGUUUUGGCUUCCGCAAUUUCUGGGGGUUUUAGUCGGUUUUUGCUAUCUGUUGGUGCACGAAUUCCAACUCAGGUGCUUGGAGCCAUUUAUGGGGUGAAGUUCCUGAUCUAUAUGUUUCCCGAAAUUGGCAAGGGACCUAAGCUGAAUGUCAACAUUCAUCAAGGCGCGUUGACUGAAGGAUUGCUAACCUUUAUGAUUGUUUCUAUUUCUUUGUCAUUAGCAAGAAGCAUUCCUGGGAGUUUUGUGAGGAAGACUUGGAUUUCUAGCCUUUCCAAGCUCACACUCAACAUUCUAGGCUCAGAUUUAACCGGUGGAUGCAUGAAUCCAGCUUCUGUGAUGGGAUGGGCAUAUGCUCGUGGUGAUCACAUAACUAAGGAGCACAUCUUUGUCUAUUGGCUUGCUCCUAUUGAGGCAACCUUAUUGGCUGUAUGGAUCUUCAUGGUUUUGUUUCCCAAAGCUAAAGAAAAGUCGGACACAAAGCCAAAAUCCGAAUGAUCUCCUGAACAGUCUGCACAAUUGUUUUCCCCUUGAAUUUUUGUCUUUGGAUCCUACGUAAAUAUGACGAUAGGAAUUAUGAAUAUUGUCAAAUACUAUCAUGUAUGGGAACAUUUCCCUGUUGUAUUAAUUUCCACAAAACAAGAUGUAAAGUUUCUUCAGAAUUCUGAUGCGAGAAUGCGAUUUGCAAUUGCAUCUUUAUCGUCUCUCCAUCUAUCAAUACUUGUGUGCAUCUCAAA